AUGGGAAAUAUGAUAUUGGUGGCACUUCUUCUGGCUCACCUGCCCAAAGAGCUGUUCGCCAUACAGGUGAUCGUUACCGAAACAGAGAGGACUACGUUUCUCUUCGGGUCGGUAAUCCUCCGCUGUGACUAUUCCACCUCGGCCAACGCUCAAGACGUCCUGGUUACCUGGAGGUAUAAGUCUUUCUGUAAAGACCCUGUGCUGGAGUACUACUCUACGGUCUACCAGGCGGCUCUUAGCCUUGGGCAGGACCCAGCCAACGACUGCCCGGACCGGCAGCGCACGCUGCGCACGGUGGUCCAGAAGAGGGGCACCAAUGAGGCCAUGCUGGGCGCGGAGUACCGCGAGCGCAAGAUUACCAUUCUAAACAAGGCAGACCUGGCCAUUACCGAGGUCAUGUGGUGGGAUAACGGCAUGUACUUCUGCACUAUUGACGCGCCUGGCGACACUGUCGGGGACUCUGAUCGGGAAAUCAAACUCAUCGUCUACCACUGGCUGACGGUCCUGUUCAUCAUCCUGGGGGCUCUCCUGCUCAUCCUGUUACUGGGCGUCUGCUGCUGCCAGUGCUGCCCGCAGAAGUGCUGCUGCUACAUCCGCUGUCCCUGCUGCCCGCGCACCUGCUGCUGCCCAGAGAAAGCGGUGAUGCAGCAUAGGAUGAUCCGUGAUGUCCAGAAGGGCAUGGCUCCAUGGAUGCACGGACAGCCCAUGUACGCCCCCGUCAGCUCCAACGUCUCCUCCCAUGGCCAGCCCGUGCUGUACUCAAACUCGUUUUCAGAAUAUCCGACCAAGCAGAAUUUCGCCAUGGCCCCGAUCGGGAUGCAGCCGAUGCCCCUCUUCCAGCAGCCCCCUCCUCCAGAGCACCACGGUUACCACGGCAGCGACGGCAUGCACGGCGGCCACCAGGACCCCAACCAGAUGUUGGACUUCCUGGAGCACCAGGUGAGGGGCAUGGACGUCCCCGUGAUGGUGGCUCCGCAGCCCAUGCAGCACCUGCCCCAGGCCGGACCCCGCCGGCAGCCGACCAAUCCUCCUCCCCACGCGGUGCCCUUCUCGUCGGGUCCCCCCAGCAUGCUGUCCGCCCUGGACGAGAUGGGCGUCAGAGGGGUGGAGAGAAGGGUGAUCACCCUGCCGCCCAUUUUCCAGCACCCGCCCAGCCGCCGGGGGCCCGGGGCCGGGGAGGAGGUCAGGGGAGGCCACCGGGUCUCUAGCCAGUCCAGCGGGAGCUCACAGCGCGCGGGAGGCGGCGGCGGCGGCGGCAUCCACGCAGGAGGGAGUCGCCCCCGCCGGGACGGCCAUGGUGUGUACAGGGAGCCCUCGCCCCCACGCAGGGGGAUCCUGAGGGGCUACAGCGACGACUCGGACUGGGAGAGCAGUCGAGGAGGAGGGGGGGGAGGAGGGGCGAGAGGAGGAGGAGGAGGUGCUCGUGGAGGGGUGAGGGAUGACCGAGGAGGUUCGGCCGGGAGGAGAGCAGCAGCCACAGCCGGAGGGGGAGGGGGAGGAGGAGGAGGAGGAGGAGGAGGAGGAGGAGGGAGGAGCAGAGCGUCCAGGCCAAGAACCCGCAGUCGUGAUGAUCUGAUGGAGGAAAUGCGCCACGCGGUGCCGCGUAGGGAGCGGAGCUACUCGCCGCCGAGUCGCAGGGGGUCCUGGAGCUCGGACGAGGACCUCCGCGGACGGGUGGGCAAAGGGAAGCUGUGGCCAGAGAAGCCCCCGAGCUACUCCUCCAUCGAGAGCCAGCCGGGACAGAACAGCGGCCGGAAGCACUACGACCGCUUCUCCGAUAGAAGCUCACGUAGUGGCAUCAGCGUAGUGAUCUGAAGCUUAUCUUUGUUUUGAAAAAAAAGAUGACAUUGAAGACAGACUGCAGGUACAUUGAAGUUUUUGUUUGUUGGGAAAAAUUCUUUCUGUAAAUGUUAUUGUAAUUUUUUUUUUACUGCGUUCAUUAUGAAGUUUUUUUUAAUUUCUGUUUUUGUAUAAGCUGUCAAUACUCAUGACACCUGUAAAGUGGUUCCAACUUCCAAUGCCAGUCAGUGAUGUUAGAACUGUUAACGACAUGUAUAAUGUGGUUGCAUUAAUGUAAAAUUGUAUUUGUACAUAGCUUUGUUGGCUUUAAUGUUAAAUUUGUAUGAUCUGCUUUUGGUAUUUUUUAAUGAAGGCACAAAUUGGUGCUUUUUAUCUGAAGUAAUCGUUGUCUCCAGCAUAUUGUCAUUGUCAUUUCUAAAAUAGCUUUAGUGACCAAAUGUGAGUACUUCAUAACUGCACACUGUCAUGAUUUCUAUAUUAUCCUUUAAUCCUCUUCAGGCGUAUUGGUCUGACAUUUUUUUGAUUGUAACUCCAAACACAGGUACUUAAAUAUUUUUUGUCUGAAUACUUGUUAUUGUAAAUGUAACUUUUAUGCAUGUUCAAUAAAUAUCAUCAUUUUUAAUAAAUUUGUGUUGACAACCAA